AAUUUGAAGAAAAAAUUGCAGAUUUUCGAAACACCUCCCUCCCCCUGCCGACCAGAGAUGAGCAGAGGACCAAAAUUUUAGGAUCCCACUCCAUUCAGCUUUUACUGGAUGCCCAUUGACGCAGCCAUGGAAAUGGAAGCACCACAAGAUGCCGGACGCCAUCGGAACUCCCCUUCCCCCCAAGCGCACUCGCCAUGAAAAUCCCCAACAACUCCAUCGAUCCUGUUCCAGACCAGAGCAAGAACCACAAGAACCAGAAACAGAGGAAGGAACAGGAAGAAGAGGAAGAAAACGAAGAAGAAGGACGACAACGCCAUUGUCGAACGAUCCUCAGAUAUGUCUCGCUUUUUACAUAGCCAUGGCCCAUGCAGGCCUCGCUUUCUCCCUCGCCCUGCUCUUCGGCAUCGCCAAGCUUCUCCAGGGCUACUCGCGACCCAUUUACUGGGCAAUCCUCUGCUCAAUGCCUCUACGCGAGCUCCAAACUGCCCUAGUCUCCUUCUGGUCUCACCCCCUAAAUCUGGGUCUCUUUGAAACCCUAAUCGCCAUCCCAAUCGCCGUCCUCCGGGUCACCACCGCCUCCCUCAUCGAUUCCUACUCCGCCAUCCUCCGCCUCCUCCGGCGCCCUGAGUCUCCCCGGCGCAGACGCCCCGUCGGAUUCGCCAAGCUCAUGCAGUGGCUCGUAUCCUUCGGACUCUUCGUCGUCGCCCACGAGCACAUCGGCCUUUACUCCGUCCCCGCAUUCACCGUCCCUUGCCUAACUGCCUACACUCUCACUCGCGGCACGCGAACCAAUUACGGUAUUGCGUCAACCCUAACUACAAUCUCUUCUGUUCGUCGUAAACGUAGAAUUGUUCCUGCUAACUCGCUAUGGAGCAAAAUUAAUAGGUACAUAACUUCGAGAAUGCUUAAUAGGUUGAAGAAAAUAGCUGGGAUUGGGCUUAUCGCGUUUAUGAUUAUAGGAUGUGUGUUUGGAUUUGUUUUCUUUUCAUAUAAGAUUGGGAUUGAAGGGAAGGUUGCAGUAAUUUCGUUGAAAACUCAUUUGGAAGAGAGUAACUAUGCAGAGAGGAUGGGGCUUAAGAAGUGGAUGGAUGAGAAUGAACUUCCAGAAUUGAUUGAUGCUUACACGUCUAAAUUUUAUGAAACAAUUUGCCAAAAUAUUGAUUCUUUUGCUUUGUAUUACAAUGCAACGGAGAUUGUGGAUGGUCUGAGACAAUAUUUGACAAAACCUUUACACAAUCCUGUCAAUUCUACUGCUUCUGAACAAGUUAGGCUCCAGUCCAUGUCUGCACGUCUGCAUUACAUCCAAUCAAGGGUGAAGAACAGAGAGUGGAAAGUAAUUUAUAGGGAUAUGGAUGAUGUGUUUCAGGAAUUCAUUUCGGUCAUUGCAAGGGAGGAUUUGUUGGAGAAGAUUAAAGCUUUUGUUCUUCAGAGUUUGGAUGUCCCAAAGCGAGUGUUUGCCAGUGGCACCAUGGUUUUGUUCGGAAGUGCAAAUAUGCUUUUCUCAGUGACGGUAUCAAUUGUUUCAGGAGCUGCAGGAUUAUUGAAUGUCAUUUCUGAAGUGAUGGUGUUCUUAUGGCUUUUGCACUAUCUAGUCACUUCCGAAUCAGGUGUCAUGGAUCAUGUUUUGGGUAUGCUUCCACUUUCCAAAUCCACUCGAGUCCGAUGCGCCCAAGUUCUUGAUCAUGCUGUUAGUAGUGUCUUAUUGGCCGCAGUUAAGGUUGCAUUUUUUCAAGGGAGUGUUACAUAUAUUCUUUUUCGAUUUUACCACAUUCAUUUCCUGUACAUGUCUACUUUCCUUGCACUUAUGAGUGCUAUUUUUCCCAUAACCCCAUUUUGGCUGUCAUCAAUACCAGCAGCAGCACAGCUGGCCAUGGAAGCAAGAUAUAUGGAAGCUAUUACAUUGACAGCAAUCCAUCUCAUUCUUCUGGACUAUGGUACUAUCGCAAUUCAAGAUGAGAUACCUGGACAAAAUGCUUACUUGACAGGGCUUAGCAUACUUGGUGGCAUGGCUUUGUUCCCCUCUGUUAUAGAAGGAGCAAUCAUGGGUCCUUUACUGAUGACAGUGAUGAUUGCCUUGAAAAAUUUGUAUGUGGAGUUCUUCCUUGCUUCGGCUAAUGAAACCACCACUCAUUGAUCCUUGCAUGGGUCGUCUCUCUAAAAUCAGACAAUGGGCGACUGAUCAUAACCCUUAAACCCCUCUUGCCUCGAAUUUCUAUCUCCAUUUUCAACCCAUUGAUUUUCAUUGUAUAUAAUUUACAUAAUGUAUUCAUUGGCCCAUCUCCUUGUACUGAUUGCCUUCAGAAAUAAAAGAUUAAUAAAAAAAAAAAAUCAGGUGUGGGGAUGUCCUUGCCGCUGCCAACAAUUCAGACCA